CGCAUUCUCCAGGACUAUCUUCAUAUGUUAUCUGCAGAAUAAGUAGCACUAUUUCAAGUCAAAUAAAGCACAACAAAGAAAUACAGUGAGAAGAAGAAAGAAGUGGAUUAAAAGAUGGAUCUAGCAUAUGUUCUACGCAUGAAUGCCGGCAAUCGUGAAGGUAGCUAUGCUAAAAACUGCUUCCUACAGAAAACUGUGAUAUUCAAGGCGCGUGAUGUUUUAGAAGACGCUAUAAAGGAUUAUAGUAGCCAUGGCUUCCCUGAAUGCUUUAAGCUAGCUGAUUUGGGUUGCUCUUCUGGUCCUAACGCUCUCUUGAUUGUUGCAAAUAUACUUGAUUAUGUUCGUGCAUUAUGCCAGAAGAAAAAUUUGAAAGCACCUGAUGAGUAUCAAGUGUUUCUAAAUGAUCUUCCGAAUAAUGAUUUCAAUUCACUUUUUGAAAUGAUACCUUCAUUCCAUUCAAAAGUACUUGAAAAUGAGAGCGGUCCUGAAAAAUCAGCAAAUUGUUAUAUAUCCGGAGUUCCAGGUUCUUUCUAUACAAGACUCUUUCCGACUAAAAGCCUUCACUUUGUGCAUUCUUCCUACAGUGUUCAUUGGCUCUCCCAGGUUCCAAAGACACUGCUGGAUAGUAACAAAGGGAAUAUCUUCAUGGCGAAAGAGAGUCCUUCUAGUGUUCUUGAAGCAUACAUUAAUCAAUUUAAAAGCGACUUCACAACUUUUCUGCAGAUGAGAUCCCAAGAAAUGGUUAUUCAUGGCCGGAUGGUGUUAACACUCUUAGGCCGGAGCAUUGCAGAUCCCACCAGCAAAGAUUGUCGUUAUAUUUAUGGAUUAGUAGCGAAGUCACUUCACGACCUGUUGGCUGAGGGUUUACUUCGUGAGGAGGACAUCAAUACAUUCAAUCUACCGAUUUACACCCCAUGCACCAGUGAAUUGAAGGCAAUAAUCAAAUCCGAGGGCUCGUUCAGUCUUGACAGACUGGAAACCUUUGAAGUUAACUGGGACAUGCAGGAUGAAAAUGAAAAACUAAAGCCAGAGUAUAGCAGUGGCGAGUUUGUUGCCAAAACAAUUAGAGCUGUACUGGAGCCAUUGCUCGCUAGUCACUUCGGAAAUACUUUGAUGGACAAGCUAUUCGAGCAGUAUGCAAAGCAUGUCAGUGAGCAUCUGUCGAAGGAGAAAACAAAUUAUUUCAAUAUUGUCGUCUCCUUGACAAGGAAAUAAAUGCAAAUAAUAUAUGUCAUCCAAUAUAUUUUGUAUCAAAUAUUGUCAAACAGAAGCAGAACAUGUUGCACGACACGUGGGUCUUUCAUUAGUACUCUCUGUAAGGUACUCUGUAGAAUACAACUCUAUUAUGAAUAAUGUCUUCCGGUGUAUGAGUCAUAAUUGUUGUACAUCAAAAAAUUUGAUGGCUAUAGAUUGCUUAGAAGCUGUAUAAUUCACCAUUGUUCACAGUUUGACCCCC